CACUUUUCUCCGAUUCUCUACAGUGGUUUAUUGGCGUAACCCCGUCUCUACGCACAUCUGCCCAUAGAACCAAGCCUCACCAUUUACGCAAAUAGCGUUACAAAGGUUCGUAGUGAAUAAGACAGCGAGCCCAAAACCGAUUGGGAAGGAAUAAAAGAUAAUGCCAGCAUCGUCGGGUCUGACUGGAACUGUCCUUUCCAGAGGAACGAAGUGCACAAGAGUAGAUAGCCAACUGGAAUAACCGGAUUUGGACGUCACCGUGUGUGGAGUUGGGACGAGUUUGCAGGGCCGUGGAAAUCGUUAAUGUAAAAAUUGGGCAACUGGCAGAUUUUUCCGUUUGAAUAGUCGGUAGGGUAGAAGAGCGAGGGAGCCGGCAUGGCGGACGGAUCGUUGAGUCUCCAUCGGAAUAUGAAGAGGAUCUGCAAGGUCCUGGAUCUAUAGGAAUAUACAGUAACCAUUCCCCAUUAACGCAUUAUCUGAUUGUUUCUUCACUUGUGUCAUUUUGUGCUCAACUGUGACCAAAUUAAGGAAAUCAAACCAGCAGUGGGUUCAUUUGGGGGCCACAGGGCCAGAUUCAUGACUAUUUAGUCGAAGACGCGUCUCCAAGGCCUAUUAUCAACUGAAGGAAAACGAGGAACCAAAGGAAGAAAGGAUGCUUUGAACGACUAUUGGGGGAAGAGAAAUGGUAGAUUGAUAGGUCAAAAUAACGACUGUGAAGGCUCGUGGAGAGGAGUUGAUAAAAAAAAUCAUAUUGUAAAUAAUCUAACAUUCAGAUUAAGGAACUGUCAUUCUUUGAAUGCAAAGGUUUAGAAAGAAAUCUACCAAGCCACCAAAGUUACAGUCACGUAGCAUACAGUAUUUGAUUCGAGGAUUGGAUCAUGUCGGGGCGGCCCAGAACCACCUCCUUCGCGGAGAGCUGCAAACCAGUGCCGCAGCCCUCGGCUUUUGGCUCUAUGAAAGUCAGCAGGGACAAGGAUGGCAGUAAGGUGACAACGGUGAUGGCCACCCCAGGCCAAGGGCCCGACAGACCCCAAGAGGUCAGCUAUACAGACACCAAGGUGAUUGGGAACGGCUCCUUCGGAGUGGUCUACCAGGCCAAGCUGUGUGACUCUGGAGAGCUGCUGGCCAUCAAGAAGGUUCUGCAGGACAAGAGGUUUAAGAACCGCGAGCUGCAGAUCAUGAGGAAACUGGACCACUGCAACAUUGUACGCCUGCGCUACUUCUUCUACUCCAGCGGAGACAAGGUCCGUUUGCCUCCUUGUCCGUCCAUCUGUCUGUCUCUGUCUGUCUGUUUCUCUGUCUGUCUGUGUCUCUCUGUCCGUCUGUAUGUCUCUUUGUCUGUCUGUCUUUCUGUCCUUCUGUCUGUCACUCUCUCUGUCUGUCUGUCUUGUACAGUGCCUUCGGAAAGUAUUCAAACCCCUUUAUAUAUGUACCAGUUGUUCAGGAGUCUGGCCUACAUCCACUCAUUUGGGAUCUGCCAUCGGGACAUCAAGCCUCAGAACCUGCUGCUGGACCCUGAGACGGCUGUGCUCAAACUCUGUGACUUCGGCAGUGCUAAGCAGCUGGUACGUGGAGAGCCCAACGUGUCUUAUAUCUGCUCUCGCUACUACAGAGCCCCCGAGCUCAUCUUUGGUGCCACCGACUACACCUCCAGCAUAGAUGUGUGGUCAGCUGGAUGUGUGCUAGCAGAGCUGUUGCUAGGGCAACCAAUCUUCCCUGGCGACAGUGGAGUUGAUCAGCUGGUGGAGAUCAUCAAGGUUCUGGGGACACCUACACGGGAGCAGAUCCGAGAGAUGAACCCCAACUACACUGAGUUCAAAUUCCCCCAGAUUAAGGCACACCCAUGGACUAAGGUGUUCCGGCCCCGCACGCCCCCGGAGGCCAUUGCCCUGUGCUCUCGACUGCUGGAGUACACGCCCACCUCGCGCCUCACCCCCCUGGAGGCGUGUGCACACUCCUUCUUUGAUGAGCUGAGGGACCCCAAUGUCAAACUGCCCAACGGGCGAGAAAAACCCUCUCUCUUCAACUUCACCACCCAGGAGCUGUCCAGUAAUCCCUCGCUGGCCAACAUCCUAAUCCCCGCCCACGCCCGCUCUCAGGUCGCCACCUCCACCCCAACCAACGCCAACGCCACCGCCACCACAGAUGGUAACAGCACAGAUCGCGGCCCCAGCACCACUACCGCCUCAGCCUCCAACUCCACCUCCUGAACCCCCCCCCACAUCGCUCCAAUCAGGGGUGCACCUGGGUGCCAGCUGUAAGAAUGAUGACAUGGCAGGGUUUAAAACAGAUGACCACAACAACACAACUAACUGAGCCCUCCACGUCACCCAUUUAAGUGUUUGAUUUCUGCAACCUAUUCCACUGAGGACAUCUUUAUGGUCUGUUAGAGGGAGGGGGUGGUGGGGGCAGGGGGAGGCUGAUGAAAUAUAAGAGUAUUCAUAUAUAAACGUACCAUAUAUACACAAUACUAGCCUGCUAAUGUUUCCAAGAGGACAAUCUAUUUAUCAAAGUAAUUAUCUGUCCCCUCACCCUCCUACUCUUACUUGUCCACAAUGAAGCCCCCCCCUCACAUUAAGGAUCAGUCCCUCCCUCUCGCCCUCUCUCUACACCACACCCCUUCAUAUCCUCAUCACUUCCCCUCUGACACCCCCUGGUUGGGAUGGCCACCCAGGCUCCUCCUCCUGUAGUGCAUGGCCUGAGUAUAGUUAGGAGCACCCAGAGUGACCUUUCACCCCUGCAUUGACGUCCACACUUUUGCUAAUUAGGCAUGAGGCACACAUACACACACAUACAUUCUUACCAACACACGCCGAUGCAUGAAGGUCCUGAUAUAUGUGGACAGUCCAAUCAGAAGGGAGGUUUUGGAUGUUGUCAGAGGUUUGCUUGGGGUUGUUUUUAAAUGGUUAGCGAACAGUUUUAUUCUGUUUUUAUUUUAUAUCCCCUUGGCUUAGGGUGGGCGGGAUCAUGUCAGAUGUCUAUGGUUCUGUGUGCUUGUAUUACAUUUACACUGAGUGUACAAAACAUUAGGAAUACCCCCGUUCUACAGGGAUGCUGGCCCAUGAUGACUCCAAUGCUUCCCACAGUUGUGUCAAGUUCUCUGGAUGUCCUUUGGGUGGUAGACCAUAAAUGAUACACACGGGAAACUGUUGCAUGUGAAAAACCCAGCAGCGUUGUAGUUCUUGAGACACUCCGGUGCACCUGGCACCUACUAACAUACCUCAUUCAAAGGCACUCAAAUAUUUUGCGUUUCUCAUUACAUCUGUCACACAUACUGUACACAAUCCAUGUCUCUACUGUCUCAAGGCUUAAACAUAUUUCUUUAACCUGUCUCCUCACCUUUAUCUCUAUGCUGAGAAGUGGAUUUAACAAGUGACAUCCAUAAGGGAUCAUAGCUUUCACCUAGAUUCACCUGGACAGUCUGUCAUGGAAAGAGCUGGUGUUCCUAAUGUUUGUACACUCAGUGUAUACAUACAGUAUAUCACAAAAGUGAGUACACCCCUCACAUUUUUGUAAAUAUUUGAGUAUAUAUUUUCAUGUGACAACACUGAAGAAAUGACACUUUGCUACAAUGUAAAGUAGUGAGUGUACAGCUUGUACAACAGUGUACAUUUUCUGUCCCCUCAAAAUAACUCAACACACAGCCAUUAAAUGCCUAAAUCGCUGGCAACAAAAGUGAGUACACCCCUAAGUGAAAAUGUCCAAAUUGGGCCCAAAGUGUCAAUAUUUUGUGUGGCCACCAUCAUUUUCCAGCACUGCAUUAACCCUCUUGGGCAUGGAGUUCACCAGAGCUUCACAGGUUGCCACUGGAGUCCUCUUCCACUCCUCCAUGACGACAUCACGGAGCUGGUGGAUGUUAGAGACCUUGCACUCCUCCACCUUCCGUUUGAGGAUGCCCAACAGAUGCUCAAUAGGGUUUAGGUCUGGAGACAUGCUUGGCCAGUCCAUCACCUUUACCCUCAGCUUCUUUAUCAAGGCAGUGGUCGUCUUGGAGGUGUGUUUGGGGUCGUUAUCAUGUUGGAAUACUGCCCUGCGGCCCAGUCUCCGAAGGGAGGGGAUCAUGCUCUGCUUCAGUAUGUCACAGUACAUGUUGGCAUUCAUGGUUCCCUCAAUGAACUGUAGCUCCCCAGUGCCGGCAGCACUCAUGCAGCCCCAGACCAUGACACUCCCACCACCAUGCUUGACUGUAGGCAAGACACACUUGUCUUUGUACUCCUCACUUGGUUGCUGCCACACACGCUUGACACCAUCUGAACCAAAUAAGUUUAUUUUGGUCUCAUCAGACCACAGGACAUGGUUCCAGUAAUCCAUGUCCUUAGUCUGCUUGUCUUCAGCUUUCUUGUGCAUCAUCUUUAGAAGAGGGUUCCUUCUGGGACGACAGCCAUGCAGACAAAUUGGAUGCAGUGUACGGCGUAUGGUCUGAGCACUGACAGGCUGACCCCCCACCCCGUCAACCUCUGCAGCAAUGCUGGCGGCACUCAUACGUCUAUUCCCCAAAGACAACCUCUGGAUAUGACGCUGAGCACGUGCACUCAACUUCUUUGGUCGACCAUGGCGAGGCCUGUUCUGAGUGGAACCUGUCCAGUUAAACCACUGUAUGGUCUUGGCCACCGUGCUGCAGCUCAGUUUCAGGGUCUUGGCAAUCUUCUUAUUGCCCAGGCCAUCUUUAUGUAGAGCAACAAUUAUUUUUUUCAGAUCCUCAGAGAGUUCUUUGCCAUGAGGUGCCAUGUUGAACUUCCAGUGACCAGUCAGUAUGAGGGAGUGUGAGAGCGAUGACACCAAAUUUAACACACCUGCUCCCCAUUCACACCUGAGACCUUGUAACACUAAUGAGUCACAUGACACCGGGGAGGGAAAAUGGCCAAUUGGGCCCAAUUUGGACAUUUUCACUUAGGGGUGUACUCACUUUUGUUGCCAGCGGUUUAGACAUUAAUGGCUUUGUGGUGAGUUAUUUUGAGGGGACAGCAAAUUAACACUGUUAUACAAGCUGUACACUCACUACUUUACAUUGUAGCAAAGUGUCAUUUCUUCAGUGUUGUCACAUGAAAAGAUAUACUCAAAUAUCUACAAAAAUGUGAGGGGUGUACUCACUUUUGUGAUAUACUGUACAUACACAGUUUAUAUAUUACUUUGCAUUAUGUACAAAUAUAUAUAUAUAUAUUUAACUUCAAUGGUUCAGAAUCCAUAACGGUUAGUUGUUGGCUCACAGAGCAGGGGCAAUAUUUGCUACUGCCUAAAGACAUGAAGAGGCAAGGUGGUGUGAUUUCUUUGGCUAGAAAAGCCUUUUUUUCAGCAGUCACUUUCCUGUUUUUCUGUAUGUAAUUAUUGGUAUGUUAAUGCUGUAGACAGGACUAGAAAAAUUAUUUUUUAUUUAUCUCUAUCAGAUGACUGUGUUGUAAUGCAGUCAGUUUGGAGGGGAUGUCUCCCCCACACCUUCUUUCUGUCUCUUCAGAUGAAGACUUUUUCUUCCAAACCAACCCCUAGCUUCUACCCCCUUAGCAUUUGAUUUGGAAUUCAGCCAUGGAGAGGUCUUUGUUGUUUCUGGCUAGAUUGCGAGGAGUCCUCUGUCACUCCUGGCUCUCUUAUUGUGACCACUGACUCACUGUUAGUACAAUGUUCAUCAAAUGUUGUUCCAACGUUAAUUGAACAUUAGUCUAGCAUUCUUCUCUUUCCUUUAUCUCUCUCCACCUGAACCACACACGCACCUCUCUGGCACAGUCUCUGAGAGUAGAGCGUCUUACUUACCCAGACAUAUUCACACAGGUUCAAUACCACAACACAACUACACUGUGUAUAUGUAUACAGUUCAUAUGCUCCUCACCAAAUCCUGACUCAUAUUUUAGUUUUUUAUGUUUGUUAGUUUCUUCUGUUUUUAUGUUGUGAUCAUGGUAUGUACAGUAUAUAUAUGUAGACCCGUGUCCUGUUUAUGAGCAAAAACAAAGAUAUGGGGGGAGAAAAGAAAAGAAGAAAAAACUAGACUUGUUUGUUGGAUAUUGUAGAUGAUGAUGCUUUAUCCAGCCAUAUAGUUCAAUCUUUACCUGUACAUUACAGUAGAUGACAGCUGUAUUAUUCGAACAAUACCUAGUCAUGUAUAGUGUAUCUAUAGUUUGGAGUGCCUUUUCUUUCAUACACCUUCGCCUUGCCCCCCUUAUCUCCCACCCCACCCCUCCCAUCACAUAACCUUACAUCCUCCUUAGGUGCUGUUGAAUUACUUUCUGCCCCCUCCCCCCUCCUCUCAGAUCUCAGUUUCAGUCAAGAGUUGUGCCAAUGUUAGUUAACGUUAGAAUUUCUCGCUUUCUCUGUAUGUACAAGUCAUCUUCAACCUCCUUUUCCCCAUGUUUAAAGCUUUUUGUUACACAUUUGUUUUUAAAACAUGAUCUAUAUAUAGUUCCAGAUUGUUGUCCUGAUUUGAAGAAAAGUCUGUGUUUGAUUUUAAUCAAUGGUUUCACUAGGGUGCAGAAAUAUUUUCCACACACACAACAGAGUCAACAUAGCAUAGACAUACAUUAGAGUACAUUAUGUAUUCAGUCAAAAUGAUGCUUCUGGUAUCAAAGCCAUUACGCCUAUUGAUGUUGUGACAAGCCAUCCUCAGAGGUAAUGCAGUACCUUGUAUCUCAUUGUCUACACACCCCUUCUCUUUUCCACCCUCCAUCCCUCUGUGGUCUGAGGUGUUUAUCAUGUCCCCCUCCAGUGCCAUCCCGUCCUGUUUGCUGUAAUAUUUGCGUUCAUCAACGUGUUGCUAUCUAUCCCACCAGUGUGACCACUUCGCCUCUCUCCCCUGACUCCAGUUCAACCAGAGUGAACCAUGUCAAUCCACACCACAACCGUUUCAGUUACCAAAACAAAGACAAGCAAGGAUAGUGGACUAUAAUAUACCGACUGUGGCAUCGUCACACUCGUGGCAGAAGAAUUUGCUAACCGAGUUGAAAGAAAAAAUAAGAAAAGACGACGGAAAACUAACUGUAUAACAAUACCACUACUACUUGAAUGCCUCGGUUUGUGACAUUUUAUUUCAUUUUUAAAUGUUUUUUUUUUUGUUCUGUGAAGGUAUCCUAAAUGUUCGCCCCUGUAAAUACUUCCCCCUGCGUGCCCUGAGGAAUAGUUCCCUGGUUUCCUGGUACUGUCAUUUGCAUUAAAUAAAGAGUAGGAUAGCCUGGAAAUGAACAA